AUGAGGUGGACUACAUUCCUGGUGGGAGCCGUUGCACCCGUAGCCAUUGUCGCUGCUGGUCCUCGCACCCAGUCCCCCCCGGAGGCUACAAUUGAGGAUAUUCUUCAAAGCAGCAACCUCGACGAGAUUCUCGCCAAGCACAACCUGGCCCUCGUCCCCCGUAGUCAGCUCACCGAUACCCUGACGGAGUUGACCGCGCUCCUCAAAAGGCAGGAGCACUACGACCGCGUUGACCCCAGAGUUUCUACGCUUCUCCGUCGACAAAAUGCCACCAACGCACAGUCGGGCACCACUGGCUCCGCCUCGAGCAGUGCGCCUCUUGGUAACCAAAACGGUCUUCUCGACGGUCUCCUCGACCCCCUCAAGGAUGGCAUCCAGGGCAUUCUUUCCCCCAUCACCGACUUGGUCGACGCUCUCAAGGCUGUCACCUCGCUUCUCACUCCUGAAUUCCUCGAGGCCCUGCACGACGGCAUUGUCGGUCUUGCCAAGACCCUGAGAGACCCCAUUCCUGACAAGAUUCGCAACAUCGUCACCGCUGGUGAGCCCAUCAUCAACGAGGUCGGUAAGCUUGACUUGGCCAGUCUCAUCCAGCAGCUCGAGCCCCUUCUCAAAGAGCUUGGCGGCCUCGAUCUCGCUGGCCUGUUUGAAGCUCUUAAGCCCCUGCUUUCCGGCGAUGAGAUUAAGAAGAUUAUCAGCAUCAUCGAUGGAGCUGAGCCGCUUGUUGCCAGUCUGGGCAAGCUCGACUUGGCCACUCUCAUCGAUCAGCUCGAGCCUCUCCUUAAAGAGCUUGGCGGCCUCGAUCUCGCUGGCCUGUUUGAAGCUCUUAAGCCCCUGCUUUCCGGCGAUGAGAUUAAGAAGAUUAUCAGCAUCAUCGAUGGAGCUGAGCCACUCGUUGCCAGUCUGGGCAAGGUCGACCUCAGCAAGCUAUUUGACCAGCUUGGGCCUGUUCUUGAAGCCCUCGGCGGAAUUGAUCUCAAGAGCCUCGUCGAGGCUAUCGCGCCUCUGCUUACGACCGAGACUAUUCAGGGCAUCGUGCUUCUGCUUUUCAACGCUGAGCAGCUUCUUACUUCGGACUUUGUUGAACAAACUCAGUCACUCAUCUCCAACGCUGGGCCGCUCGUCGUCUCGCUCGGCAAGCUUGACCUGCCGACACUUCUUGACCAGCUGCAGCCUAUUAUCAAGGAACUUGGUCAGCUUGACUUGAAGUCUCUGUUUGACGCCCUCAAGCCCCUGCUCAGCAGUGAAGUCAUUGGCAAGCUCGUUGAUAUUGUCAACGGUGCCGCGCCUCUUAUUGACAGCCUAGGCAAGCUUGAUCUUCAGGAUAUUCUCAACCAGCUUCAACCAAUCCUGAAGGAGCUCGGCCAAUUGGACCUCCAGGGCCUCUUCGAGGCUCUCAAGCCUCUCCUCAGCAGCGAAGUCAUUGGCAAGCUCGUUGAUAUUGUCAACGGUGCCGCGCCUCUUAUUGACAGCCUAGGCAAGCUUGAUCUUCAGGAUAUUCUCAACCAGCUUCAACCAAUCCUGAAGGAGCUCGGCCAAUUGGACCUCCAGGGCCUCUUCGAGGCUCUCAAGCCUCUCCUCAGCAGCGAAGUCAUUGGCAAGCUUGUUGAUAUUGUCAAUGGUGCCGCGCCUCUCAUUGACAGCCUCGGCAAGCUUGAUCUUCAGGACAUUCUCAACCAGCUUCAACCAAUCCUGAAGGAGCUCGGCCAAUUGGACCUCCAGGGCCUCUUCGAGGCUCUCAAGCCUCUCCUCAGCAGCGAAGUCAUUGGCAAGCUUGUUGAUAUUGUCAACGGUGCCGCGCCUCUCAUUGACAGCCUAGGCAAGCUUGAUCUUCAGGACAUUCUCAACCAGCUUGAGCCAAUCCUCAAGCAGGUCGGUCAGUUGGAUCUUGCAGGCCUCUUCGAGGCUCUUAAGCCUCUACUUAGCACAGAGACUAUUGGCAAGCUUGUUGACAUUGUUAACGGCGCUGCUCCUCUGAUUGAUAGCCUCGGCAAGCUUGACCUUCAGGACAUCCUCAACCAGCUUGAGCCAAUCCUCAAGCAGGUCGGUCAGUUGGAUCUUGCAGGCCUCUUCGAGGCUCUCAAGCCUCUGCUCAGCACAGAGACUAUUGGCAAGCUCGUGGACAUCGUUAAUGGCGCCGCUCCCUUGAUCGAUAGCCUCGGAAAACUUGACCUCCAGGAUAUUAUUAGCCAGCUUGAGCCAAUCCUCAAGCAGGUCGGUCAGUUGGAUCUUGCAGGCCUCUUCGAGGCUCUCAAGCCUUUGCUUAGCGCAGAGACUAUUGGUAAGCUCGUUGAUAUCGUCAACGGCGCCGCUCCCUUGAUCGACGCUCUCGGCAAGCUUGACCUCCAGGAUCUCAUUACCCAGCUCCAGCCAAUCCUGAAGGAGCUUGGCCAACUGGAUCUUGCAGGCCUGUAUGACGCAGUUAAGCCCCUGCUUAGCCCUGACACCAUCAAGAAGCUCGUCAACAUCGUCAACGGCGCUGAGCCCCUUAUUGCCAGCCUCGGUCAGCUUGACCUCAAGAAGCUCCUUGACCAAGUCGGCCCUCUACUGGAUGAGCUUGGUCAACUGGACCUCGCCGGUCUUUUGGCCGCUGUUAAGCCACUUCUCAGCCCUGAUACCAUCACCAAGCUGGUCAACAUUGUCAACGGCGCUGAGCCCCUCAUCGCUAGUCUGGGUCAGCUCAACCUCCAGAAGCUCAUCAGCCAAAUUGGUCCUAUUCUGGAUGAGGUUGCUCAACUUGAUCUGCAGGGUCUCUUCGAGGCUCUCAAGCCCCUACUCAGCCCUGACACGAUUAAGAAGCUCGUCAACAUCGUCAACGGUGCCGAGCCCCUCAUCGCCAGUCUCGGCCAGCUUGAUCUUCAGAAGCUGCUCAACCAAGUCGGUCCUAUCCUCGAUGAGCUUGGAAACCUCGACCUCAAGGGUCUCUUUGAUGCCCUGCAGCCCCUGCUCACAAGAAACACUAUUCUUGGAAUCAUUGAUUUGCUGCAGAACGCCGAGGAUCUGCUCACAGCCGACUUUGUUGUCGAUACCCGUGCCCUCAUCAAGGGUGCCAGCCCUCUCCUCGCGAGCCUCAGCAAGCUUGACCUCGACAAGCUCAUCACCCAGCUGGGUCCUGUCCUGGACGUCAUUGGCAAGCUCGACCUCAAGGGUAUCAUUGAUGCCCUUGCUCCCCUGCUCACCCCUGACACCAUCAAGGGUCUCGUCCAGCUCCUCGCCAACGCCGAGUCUCUGCUCACUUCCGACUUCGUCAGCCAGACCAAGUCUCUCAUCGGUGGCGCCCUUCCCCUUAUCGAUGGUCUCAAGGACGUUGACUUCAAGAGCCUGCUCGCGCAGCUUUCGCCUCUACUCAACGCUCUCGGCAAGAUCGAUCUUAAGGGACUCCUUGAUGCCAUCAGCCCUCUUCUUACUCCUGAAGCCAUCCGUGGUCUCCUCGGACUUCUUGGCAACGCCGAAGACUUGCUCACCGGUGACUUCGUCAAGGACACCAGAGGUCUCAUUGCUGGCGCCGGUCCUCUGCUGGCUGCUCUCGGUGGUAUUGAUCUCCAGGGUCUCUUCAAGCAGCUCGGACCUCUUCUUGAUAGCAUCAGCAAAUUGGAUCUCGCUGGCAUCAUUGACUCUCUCUCUCCUAUCCUGUCCAAGGAAAGCAUCCAGAAGAUUGUCACCCUCCUUACCAAUGCUGAGGACCUCUUGUCUGCCGACUUUGUCACGCAGACCAAGGCUCUCAUUGGCGACGCCGGCCCUCUUCUGGAAGCCGUCAAGCCUCUGCUCGCAGCUCUGGGUGAGAUUGAUCUUCCUGAUCUUCUCAAGCAGCUUGGUCCUCUUCUCAAGCAGCUCAGCCCUCUGCUGGGCGCUCUGGGCGAGAUUGACCUCAAGGGUCUCCUUGACGUUCUCAAGCCUUUCCUCACGCCUGAUUCGAUCAAGAAGGUACUGGGUCUCGUGGGCAACGCUGAGGAUCUCCUCACGGCCAAGUUCGUCAAUGAGACGUCUUCUCUGAUCAGCGGUGCCCUGCCGCUGGUCGAGGCCCUCGACGAGGUCAACAUUCCUGAGCUCCUUGACAGCCUCAAGCCUCUGCUCGACAUGGUCAAGCCUCUCAUCGGUGCUCUUGGCGAGAUCGACCUCAAGGGUCUCAUUGAAGCCGUCGCGCCUCUGCUGACCAAGGAGACCGUUGCUGGCAUUGCUACGCUGCUGCUCAACGCCGAGUCUCUUCUGACGUCUGACUUUGUUAGCCAGACGCAAGAGCUGAUUGGCGAUGCUACGCCGCUAGUUGCUACGAUUUCCGACCUAUUGCAAGCCAUCUUCUCGGCUCUGUCGGGCGCCACUGGAAGCAGUGGCGGCUCGUCCUAA